CCACCGAUUUAUGUGCGCGUAAAUAAAAAAAUGGCGGGCGGAGACAGGAGAGAGACGGACUUCAUGAACAGGAGUCUGGACGAGAUAGCGGCGGAGAUGGACUCGUCUCUGUACGACAGGGAGGAGAGGGACGGCCACCACAGACCCCAGCACCGCUACUCCCCGUACCCCGCGGAUCACGUGCCGAGUUGGCGCGCCGAGAAGGAAGGCGGGAACGGGAGUGGCGCGGCCUCGGGAAGCGGUGGAGACGGGAACAGAGUGUUUGUCGCCAACCUCAACUACACCGUCACCUGGCAACAAGUCAAGGACCUGCUAAAAACAGCUGGACCAGUGAUGAAGUGUGACUUGUUCAAGAAUGCAGACGGAAGUUCACGAGGAAUGGGGUAUGUUGCACUGCAUUUGCACACAUUUAUUGUCUUUUGAAAUGUCUAACUACUUUUGCUGUUGCUUUUUCUGGCACUAGUGACUAUGGUUUCUCAGCUAAUUUGUUCAUUGUCGCGUGAGAUUGGCUGCAUCGACUCGACUUGCUGUUUGUUUGUGUACUUGUUUGUUUGUUUGUGGUGUGGAGAAGGCUGGUGCUGUUUGCCGACCAAGAAGGUGCCGACAGGGCAGUUCGAGAACUGAACGGAACAGAGUUGGACGGUCGCAAGAUUUUUCUGAGAAAGGUUUGGUUUCCCUUUGUUGAGGAUCUUACAUUCGGACCUCUCUCCCUUCUCCUAGUUUCUUUUCCAGUGUUUUUCCUAUUCAUAUGGGAAUGUUUGGAAGCUGUAGAGUGUAUUGGUUGAUGCAAGCGGUUGUGUUUGUGUGAGGCUGUUGUGUUUUUUGCUAGCGUUGGUCGUUUUUUUCCUUUCUUGGGUUCGCUGCAAACUACCGGAAAAAGGAUUUUCGAUUUUCGACUGAGGAAGCAUUUUCUCUCUCUCUCUCUCGUGUUGUGUGUGUUGUGUUAGGAUAUGAGAGUUGAGGACAGGGAGAAAGCAGGUAUUGCUCCGUCUAAUCCCAAGCUGCGACCUCCGCCCAACCCCUCUGCCACUGUAUUUGUGGCCAACCUGGAUUAUUCUCUUACCUGGCAAAAACUGAGAGACAUUUUUAGGGUGGCUGGUAAAAUAGUCCACGUCGACAUGUUAGCUGAUCCCGACGGACGUCCCAAGGGCUGUGCCAGUGUCCAGUUCGAGACUACCAAUGAUGCCGUGAAUGCUAUUGGUAUCCUCCAUGUCACAUGACCCCUGGCUAGUAGUCACAUGAUUUUCACAUGAUCUCCUUAACUCGGCUGCAGUAUUGUUCCACGGGCAGCUGCUUCAGAACCGGCCGAUGGUAGUACGAAUGGACUCCAAAUCUCACAUCCAACCAGACCCAAUACAGUUGAAGCUACAUGCAGGGAAGGGAGGGGGAGGGGCUGGGAUAUUGUCAAGUCACCCCACCUCUGCCACUGUGCCACCUCUCAUGGGAGGGGGCGGGGCUCCUGCUGGGAUGGCUGGGAGCAUACCUCUCUCUCCUUCCUUCACCCAGUCCCUAGGCUCCUCCCCCCUCUCUCCCUCGUCACUGACCAGCCAGUUGCCUAUCCUGGCAGCUCUCGGGCUCAGCGCUCUCUCCAACCUCCGCCACUUCUCCUCCGACCAACUGGCACUGCUCGGCAUCAACCCUGGCCACCUCGGAGGAGGAGGAGGUUGGAAAAUGGUGGGGAACGGGAGAGGAAGCUCUGGGUUUCACGGCCACAGAGGUACGGGAAGUCUUCCUCCUGUUCCAGAGCACGGACAAGAAGGUCUCCUGAGUCAGUUUCCAUUCGAUCCACCGGGAGGAUUGUUCGAGAGAGAGAGGAGUCUGCCUCCACUUGGCUCAUCGCUGGGACUCCGCCCACCUCCCCAAAACUCCUCCCACUACAGUGCUACCAUGGCAACAGACCUCUCCCUGGCGACGGCGCUGGCGGCUCCGCCCCACCCGUCUUCCCUCCUCUACUCCAGACAUGAUCCCUUGGGCGACGGAAUCGGUGGCAGGAAGGGGAAAAAACUUUUCGUGAGAAAUCUAAAUUUUGGGACGACUUGGCAGAAACUAAAGGACUACAUGAAGGCUGCUGGUGCUAUAAACUACGUUGAUGUGUUGAAGAAUGAGGACGGUCGGUCGAGAGGCUGUGCAGCCGUGGUAUUUGAGAGUGAGAACGACGCAGAGAGAGCCAUCAGAUUGUUUGAUCAAUCCGAGUUGGACGGAAGAAGAAUUUCAGUCACAUUCGAUAGAUCAAACUAACACAUAAGAUACACCUUUUGCAUGAUAUAAUAAUUAUACUCUUUUUAUAAGAAUUGGUGUUCAUUCUUGUUUAGAUUUUGCACCACCGCCAAUG